AGGCUCGUGGUGAAUAUCGCAAAAAAACAGCACACCCACUUGCUGUUUCCCAACGACAAUUGCCAGCGCGUUCGGGAUCCAAAGACCAAACCGCAACCAUGCCUCUCUUUAUCCUAACAGAAACCAGUGCCGGUUAUGGCCUGUUCAAGGCGGCAGACAAGAAGCUGCUGUCCUCGGACAACCUCGCCGAGCGUCUCAACAGCGUUGAGAAGAUCACCAAGGAGAUCAAGUACAAGGAGUUCGCCAAGUUCGAGAGCGCCGCCACUGCCCUCGAGGAAAUCGCUGGUGUUGUUGAGGGCAAGGUCACCCCCAAGCUGAACAGCCUGCUUGCCGAGAUUGGAAAUGAGAAGAAGGUCACCCUCGCCGUUGCCGAGAGCAAGCUCGGCGCUGCCAUCAACAAGAUCCCCAACCUCGACAUCCAGCCCAUUGCCGACUCCACCACCACCGACCUCUUCCGUGCCAUCCGCCAGUACCUUCCCGAGCUCAUUCCUGGCAUGCUCCCCGAGAACUUCAAGGAGAUGUCCCUCGGUCUCUCCCACUCUCUCUCGCGCCACAAGCUCAAGUUCUCCCCCGAGAAGGUCGAUGUCAUGAUCGUCCACGCCGUCUCGCUCCUCGACGAGCUUGACAAGGAGCUCAACACCUACGCCAUGCGUGUCAAGGAAUGGUACGGCUGGCACUUCCCCGAGUUGGCCAAGAUCCUUCCCGACAACCUCUCUUAUGCUCGCAUCAUUGUCACCAUGGGCAUGCGUUCCAACGCCACGACUGCCGACUUGUCCGAGAUUCUUCCCCACGAGAUCGAGGCUGCCGUCAAGGCUGCCGCCGAUAUUUCCAUGGGUACUGAGGUUUCCGAGGAGGAUCUCCAGAACAUCAAGUACCUCGCUGAGCGCGUCAUCGACUACUCCGUUUACCGCAAGCAGCUCUCUGACUACCUCGAGAACCGCAUGCGCGCUAUUGCUCCCAACAUGACCGAGCUUGUCGGCGCUCUUGUCGGUGCUCGUCUCAUUGCCCACGCUGGUUCCGUCAUGAACCUUGCCAAGAACCCCGGUUCCACCAUCCAGAUUCUCGGUGCCGAGAAGGCCCUUUUCCGUGCCCUCAAGACCAAGCACGCCACUCCCAAGUACGGUCUCAUCUACCACGCUUCUCUCGUUGGCCAGGCUUCUGGUGCCAACAAGGGUAAGAUGGCUCGUCAGCUCGCCUCCAAGGUCGCCCUCGGUGUCCGUACCGAUGCUCUUGCCGAGUUCCCCGAGGAUGCCGAUGACGAGACUCGCGCCAGCCUUGGUAUCCGCUCCCGUGCCAAGCUUGAGAACAACCUUCGUCAGCUCGAGGGCAAGCCCAUUGCCAGCAAGGGCGUCUCUGUCGGCCCCAACGGUAUCCCCGUCGCUUCUGCCCCCAAGUGGGACAUCAAGGAGGCUCGCAAGUACAACAUUGAUGCUGACGGCUUGGCCGCUGAUGCUGAGGCUCCCAAGAAGCCCCUCAUCCAGGAGGUUGAGAUGCAGGAUGCUCCCGCCGAUGAGGAUGAGGAGAUGAAGGAUGUCUCCAAGAAGUCCAAGAAGGACAAGAAGGAGAAGAAGGACAAGAAGGACAAGAAGGCCAAGAAGGAGCUUGACGACGAGGACUUUGAGCGUCUUGCCAAGGCCGCUGGCAUGUCUGUCGACAAGUUCAAGCGCCGUUUCGAGCGCGGCCAGAUCAGCAUCAAGGAGGACGGUACCCUCGAGAUCCUCAGCAAGAAGGACUUCAAGGGCAAGGACGCCAAGGCCGAGGAAGAGGCUGAGGAGGAGGAGAAGCCUGCCAAGAAGUCCAAGAGCUCCAAGCGCAAGGCCGAGGCCGAAGAGGAGGAGACAACGAAAGAGGAGAAGCCCAAGAAGAAGAAGAAGAAGUCCAGCAAGGAGUGAUCUCCUUUUCAAGUCUCAUCUUGGGAGUUAAUUACCGCUCCGUCUUCCCUUCUUCUUGUUUUGUUUGUCUGUAUGAUACACCUCCCGGCAAAAUUUCGGCUUGUGGUUGAUCUCUGGCGUUGGUAAUGGGCAAUGUGACGGCGUACUGGAUGGAGCAUUGAUUUGAGUUUUAGACAAGAAUAUUGGUUUUAUGUUGUUUAUAAAGCGACUCGAUUCUCAUUUGGAUCUAAAAAGGGGGCAUUGAGACAGGUGCAGCGGUGGUGAUACGCUGCGGCCCGGUUCUUGUCAACGGUUGGCGGAGGCCCGAAGUUGUAUUCCUACCUACCUAAAUAGCCUCCGUCUGCUGAAGCUUGAAAUCGAUUGACAGUCAGUAAU